AUGCGACGAAUUCAUUUGCUUUCUUUCCUAUUCGUUGAUAAGAUAACAAACGAACGUGGUUGGACAAUUGUAUCCAUUGAUUGUGUUCCAAUAAGGAAAAAUACUGACGUUCAUCAUGGGUUGCGACAUUUUGCCGCCGAACAAGUUGAAAAACGAGAUGAACCACUGCAAUUCACCCAGUCCCAAGUAAUAUGCAGAACAAAAUCAUCGAAGUCUGCCAAUACAACCGAGCAAAGGGAAAGUAAGGGUCUGCUGGUUAUAAACCAUUCAAAUGAAAGAAAUAUAUUUCAAUCAACACCAUCGAAUGGCUCUUCAGGAAUCAAUUCUGAUCAAAGUAGCAGUUUGAAAAGUGAACGUGAUUUUCAAUCAACGCCAGUUUACUCAAUGGAAGUGUUUGUGCGACCGAAAACUGGCCGAACGUUAGUGGUUCAAUCGUUUCUAUCGGAUUCAACGGAAAAUGACUUCCCUAACGAGACAAUGAUUGAGUUGGAUGAUAAAGAAAUCUCUCGCGAUGGUGUGGUCACUUCAUCAACACCAACAAACGUCGAACAAACAACAUUAACGCGACGUACGAUUUCUCGAUUUAACAAUGAGCAAGCCAUUCUUGUCAAGGAUUUCUCCAGUGAUUCCGAUGAGUCGUAUCCACUGUACAAAAGUUUUGCUACCUCGUCAUCCGAGUCGGAUAUCGCAUCAAUCAAUGAGAAAUCUAGCCACCGAUCAUUGAUCACAAAUAUGUCCAAAGAAAACAUCGCACGCCGUAUGAUUGCUGAUGGUACAGAUUCUUCCAUCCAACUUCACAAUAGUCUAUCGAGUGACUCUGAAGGUACGACUGUACGUAAAAGAAUAUCGAACACUUCACAAUCUCCACGUUCAAUGAAGUCAGAUAAUUGCUCAAAAGCAUUUGUUUAUGAAACAUCCUAUGAAUCUGAGAUUGACGCAGAGCGAUAA